AUGGCCUUUCUCAUCUUCUUCUGCUUUACUGCAUCCUUUCUUCCCCUUUUCAUCUCUUCUCCAUUGCCAAUCCACUCCUCAACCACAGUGAGUUUAAUCUUCCUUGUCCUUUACAGAAGCGUGAACACGUCACGAUACCGACGGAUGCUUGACGGCGACUGCGGCACCGGCAACCCGGUGGACGACUGCUGGCGCUGCGACCCGAGCUGGGCCGACAACCGGCAGCGCCUCGCCGACUGCGCCGUCGGGUUCGGCCGCGACGCCGGCGGCGGCAAGAACGGCAGGAACUACGUGGUGACGGACCCGGGCGACGCCGACGACCCGUCGGACCCGGCGCCGGGCACCCUCCGCUACGGCCUCGUCCAGGAGGGGCCCCUGUGGAUCACGUUCGCGCGCGACAUGACCAUCCGGCCCAAGCACGACCUGCUCGUGGGCUCCCACAAGACCGUCGACGGCCGCGGCGCCGCCGUCGUCGUCGGGGACGGCGGCGCCUGCCUCGUGAUCCACAACGCGAGCCACGUCAUCGUCCACGGGAUCACCGUGCGCGGCUGCAAGCCCGCGCGGACGGCGAGUGGCGGCAUGUCGGACGGCGACGGCAUCACCGUCUUCCGCGCCACCGACGUGUGGGUCGACCACUGCACGCUUGAGAAGUGCACCGACGGCCUCAUCGACGUCACGGACGCAUCCACACGCGUGACCCUGUCCAAUAACCUCCUGAGGAACCAUGACAAGGCAGUGCUUCUUGGGCACAGCGACGAUUUCACUGAUGACAAGGACAUGAAGGUCACCGUUGCGUUUAACCGUUUCGGGCCAGGUCUUGUGCAGAGAAUGCCAAGGUGUCGGUUCGGACUCUUUCAUGUCAUCAACAAUGACUACAUAAGCUGGCAGAUAUACGCCAUUGGUGGCAGUGCUUCACCAACAAUUCUGAGCCAUGGCAAUCGAUUCCUAGCAGGCGAGGCCAAAGAGGUGACGAAGCGUGAUGGAAGAACAGCAGAGAGUGAGUGGAGUACCUGGACCUGGAUAUCUGAAGGUGAUAUGUUGCUCAACGGCGCAUUCUUCAGAUCAUCUGGUAGUCCCGGGCCUGACGUUAACACCCCUAGCUUUGCCAAAUCGGUCUCCUUAGUGUCGGCGAUGACUGACUCGGUAGGGGUUCUGUCAUGCAAGGAAGGAUCUCUGUGCUGA